GUCAUUUUUCCUGUGUGUCAUACAGCUGAAACACGCGGUGUUGAGUUUUUGAAUGAAACAACAUUGAGUUGCUGAUUCGAACCAGAACGAUUCGAAUAAUAUAAUAUAACCGUGUAUACGCGUAUGACAGUGACGUAUCUCUCUUGAUAGCUACAUAUCUCAGACUUGAUUUUUCACGCCCCGAAUGACUGGAGUUUCUUUUCCAUUGUAUUGUUACUUAUUCAACACAUAACCUCUUUUUUAAAUACGUAAAUACACAAUUACCGUGUUCAGGUGUUCACAGUGAUAUUUAGUGACGUUUUAGUAUAAUCCACGUUUGAAGACUCAAAAUAUAUAGUAUUUCAUUUCAUUUUGAGUACUUUGAUAGACUACCAAUAUUAUUCAAGAUGUGUGCAAAAAUGGCAUUUCAGCACCAGGCGGGCACUGUCAUGGAGUGCCUGAGUAUACCCAUAACAUUACACAAAGAGAGUGAAUUUAACACAAAUGGUGAAGAAGUGAUGAAGUGUGGUUUCAAAAUUGGUGGUGGUAUCGACCAAGACUUCAGAAAAAGUCCACAAGGAUAUACAGAUAACGGGAUAUACGUAACAGAGGUACACGAGGGUUCUCCUGCAGCAAAGAGUGGAUUGAGAAUGCACGACAAGAUUUUACAAUGUAACGGAUAUGAUUUUACAAUGGUGACCCAUAAAAAAGCUGUUGGUUACAUACGCAAACAUCCUGUGUUAAAUCUACUAGUCGCACGUAAAGGUGUAACAAGUACUUAAAGAGCAUGUUUUUGGAACAUUGCUGGAAUGUUGUACUGAGCGAAGUGAAAACAAAAAAUCCACCGAGUGGACCUUAAACUAUGAAUACCGUUUAUAAGCAAUUGUAAUUGUUCCGAUUUGUCGGCUGUACAUUUACAGUAUUAACCAACUGUUACGGCACAAUCGGCCAUUUUUUCGUUUACAACAAAUUAUUAUAUAAAACCAACUGUAGUUACCUUUAAGCGUAAAACUAUCGAUUUUUAUUCUCGGAAUUCAUUGUACAAUAAUGCACAAUUGUCUAUACAACACCAAAUUGAUUAGCAUUUGAUUAUCCUUAACGGAGCCGAAAUAAUUGAACUACUACCAAAAAUUUAUCAACGAUAAGCUGUAUCGUUGUCAAAGUGUAUUUUGGUUUAGAUUCUGACAAGAUGGGCAUAUCUUGAGGCAUAUUUAUUUGAUAAUAUAACAUUUUUUUCACAAUAUCUGAUUGUAUGAUAAAUUAUAAGUUUGCCGCUUGAAUAUUAUUGCAUCAAAGUAAGAUAAGUCCCUUACUUUUAAGUAAACAAAUAACAUGCUUCAUUUAUGAACUACUCCUCAUUUUCCUCUUCCAAACUUGUGGAGCGUGUGAUAAACCAUUUCAAAUAUACUCAAUUAUUUAUCGUUA